AAAAUAAAUCACCAGCUCUUGUAGCAAAAGCAUAUCUGUGCUGGUAAGCCAGGUAGGCUAAGGAUAAAAUUCCUCCUGUGUGGAGAACUAGUUCACAGUAGAAAGACUUCUUUUGCUAAAUGAGCUAAAUGUCGAGGGAGAGACUUUGCUGAAGAAAUUUGCUUGUGUGGCAGAGAUAUGAAGCACAGGCAGGUACUUAAUGUUAAAUAGAUCCUGUGCAUGUCUGAUUCUAGACAAAUACCAGACUAUUCUGUCUUUCUUGAUACAUGAGAAAGAAUAUGAUAGCCAUGAAAUAGAAAGAACUAGUUGUCUGAGCCAGAAUUUGAUUCCUGAAGUUCUUCUUAGGGGGUCUGUGGGUGAACUCCAGGAGGUGAAACAGAUUGCAAUUUGACCCCGGAGAGAACAACUGGGGAGAGGAGGGAAAGCAAAUUAUUAAAUAAGAGCUGGGAGAAAAGCCAGCCACCAAAAAUAAACUUUGAAGAUCAAUUCCAGGUAUUUCCUGGCAUUGUCAUCCUGCUUCUUCAGCAGCUCAGACUGUAACAACCGGUUUCACAGUUAGCAGGGUGACAGGUUUAGGAUUGUUUGGUGGGUUUUUUGUUGUUUUUUUUUUUUAAAGGAAAAGACUGUGUGGUAAACUGUUUGCAGUGUUGUUUCUUAUGCAAAACUGGGUGGAAUGUUGGUGACGAAAUACCCCUGGGAUGGAGAAAGCAGAGCUUGUUAUUGUAAGAGGGAAACAAGAGCAGGACCGGCUUCGUUUUGAAGAAGUGAAAAGUCUGGAUUUUCUUCCUACAUGUUCAGGUCUCAGGAGUUCCUGAGGGGGUGGAAGUGGAUAUCUAUGCAAUUUGGUGUGAGCAAACAGUGUUCCUGCAGAGCAAUUGUGCUUUCCUGGUGCUGUAGGUAGCCUUGGAAUGGCUUUACGGAUAAUGCUGGUGAGUGAAGGCAUCACCUUUGCAAAGCUCAGAGGUGACUCUGAACGUGUUUCUUCUUGCAAAAAUUCUGCCAGAAGCCGGUCCAGGAGUUCACUAUACUGAAAGCCAGUGUAUAGAUUGUGAGGAAAUUGAAGCAUAUCCUGUUCCAAGGGCUUGUGUUGGUGAUCACACGCCAUCUCCCUGCUGGGGUUUUGUUCUGGGUGAGAGGUGUGUCCCUAAAAACUGUACAGAGACACAGCCUCGGUGGGCUGGAGUUGGCUCGGGCUGGAGUUGGCUCAUGUCUUACCUCACCUGCUUGGCCCCAGCCGUGCUGCCUGGCCCGGGACAGGAGGGUGCAGCAGCUCUGCUUACGCAACACAGCCUCUGGUGCUUGACUGGACUUGUCUGUAAUAACUUUUGUGUCAGUAAUGCUGGUGCCUUUCAGCGAGGGAGAUGCACGGGGCUCACGGGCAUCUCUCCUGGUUUGUCUGCAUUGUCAGAAAUCCUGAUUCUCAAAGAAAGCAGCCUGGACACCCCCUGAUUCGGACUUGGAUGGGAAAACUGUUGUCACCCUGAGUGUGCAGAAGUGGAAUGCAUGAUAUAAAAUUUCAGUUUGGAAAUUGAUUAAAGAAUCUCCAUAGAAUUCAAUAUGGCAUCACAGCAGUCAUCUGCAUCAACAGAGGAGCAGGCUUCCUCUGAAAUAGAUGAUCUCCAUCUAACGCUGCAAGUCCAGCGAGAGUUUACACAGAAGAAAACCUUCACUAGUUGGAUAAAUUCAAUAUUGGCCAAGCAUACCCCUCCUUAUGUUGUCUCAGACCUGUAUACAGACAUACAGCAAGGACAUUUGCUUCUGGAUCUGUUGGAAGUGCUUUCAGGUCAACAUCUGCCACGGGAAAAAGGAUUUAAUACCUUCCAAUGCAGAAGUAAUAUAGAAAAUGCUUUGACAUUUUUAAAGAGCAGAUCACUGAAGCUCAUAAAUAUUCAUGUAGCUGACAUUAUUGAAGGAAAACCUUCCAUUGUGCUUGGGCUAAUCUGGACCAUUAUAUUUCAUUUUCAUAUUGAAGAGCUGGCCAGGACACUUGCCUGUACCUACAAUCAGCCUUCACCUGAUUGUUCAAGUAUUGUUGACUCCUCUCCAAAGGCAAGCAGAUCAGCUAAAAAAAGUGCUAAAAUUAAGGAACGGUGGAAGAUGUCUGCUACAAAGGCUCUUUUGUUGUGGGCAAAAGAGCAGUGUUCGCUGCAUGGCUCUGUCAGUGUCACUGAUUUCAAGUCCAGCUGGCGAAGUGGACUGGCUUUUUUAGCCAUCAUCCAAACCUUGAGGCCAGGUCUGGUUGAUCUGGAGAAGGCAAAAGCCAGAAGCAACAAAGAAAACCUGAAAGAGGCUUUCAGAAUUGCAGAACUGGAGCUGAACAUCCCACGGCUUCUGGAGCCUGAAGAUGUUGACAUUGUGAAUCCGGAUGAAAAAUCAAUCAUGACUUACGUGGCUCAGUUUUUGCAAUACUCCAAGAAUUUGCCUCAGUCUGAAGAAGACAUGCAGGAGAAAAUAAGAGAGGCCAUGGGCUGGUUGUCUGCACAGGAGAAGAAGUUAGCAAAGCUUCUGGUGGAAACAGAGAAUGAAACGUAUUACCAGAAGUACAAAGAAAUGAUGUCAUUUAUGGAAACAUUUAACCAAGAGAAAAUCCCCUUUCUGCCUGUGUUGUCAUCAAAAAGAGGUGAAGCUGAGCUGAGUGAAGGCCAGCAGCAGAUGAGGGAAGAGUGGGAUAAAGUGAUCUCUCAGAUUAACGAGUGGAAAGCCAAGCUGGACCAGAUGUUGCCCUCCCCUCUGGAUAGCAUUGAGGCUUGGCUCCAGGAGGUGGAACGGCUGCAGGCAGAAGAUUUGCCUGAUUUGCAGGAUCCGUUCAAAGCAAUGUCUGUCUUCAGAGAAAUAAUUGUAAUAUUUAAGGGCUUGAUGGAUUGUUUUGAUUCUCACUUGGACACCCUUCAGUCGUUUAAGAAUGAAGAUGAGAAGAAUAUGCCACUAGUCUUGCCUGAAAAAUUAGAGGAAAUGAAAAGAAGAUUUAGCAAUAUUCGUUCCACAAACCCCAGCACUUUUCUUGAAUACCACUAUGGACUGUGCUCAGCCAUUGCCAAUGAGGUGAAGUUAAAGUUAAAUAUCUGGGACAUGAAAUAUGGGGCAAAAGAGUCUGUGGAAUCACUGCUGGAAAAUUGGAAUAAUUUCAUUGAAGAAAAGAAACUUGAAACACAACUAGACACUGCUACUCACAUCUGUGAAGACUUGAAAAACAUAAGUUGUCCUGACUCGGCUGGAGAGCCCCAAGAAAUCAGUAAACUUUUGAAGACAGUGGAGGCAAAGAUUUCUAUGUGCAAAGAGUAUAUUUCCAAUGUAAACACCACCCUACAGAAAGUUCUGUCCUCCUGGAGUAAUUACACAGAAAACAUCCACUUACUAAAGACGUGGCUGGAAGAAAACAGGAAUGAGGAUCCAAAAGAGAUCCCUGCUGAGAUCCUGGCAAAGAGGAAUUCGAUUCAUGGUUCCUUAAAUGAAGCUGGGAACCAUCUCAUUGAAAUCAGCAAAGAGCAAGUUGGAUCAAAUAUUGCCAAAGAGCUGAAGAAACUGAACAGGAGAUGGGCAAAGUUCAUCAAGAAGACACACUUUCUUGGAGAAGAGAGCACAAAUGCUGCUGAAAAGCCCAUGGAGCUUCCAGGGAGCCUGGAGAAAAUUGAAGAGCUGCUUGGAGGGGUGGACAGCUGGGCAGCAGAGAUGGGACAUCUGCUUAGCAAGAUCAGUCACGAGGAGCCUGUGCAACCUGAGAUGGAGGAACAUUUGCAGAGUUUGGCUGCAAGAGGAUCCUCGUGCCGAGACCAAGUUGUGGCAGCAGAAGAGAUAUUGCAAUCCCUGAUGCAGAAUAUUUCAAGUCAGGGCUUUCAACAGCAUUCUCACACCACUGGGCUGGAGGCACGAGUGAAAGAAGCCAGAAGCAAAGUAGAGGCUGUCAUGGGUGACCUGAACAACAUCUUGUCUAAAUCUGAGAAAAGACCCUCAGAGAAGGAGGCUUUGCUCAAUUUUGAAGAAUCCCAGAAAGAACUUGAGGCCUCCAUUUCGAAGGCUGUGCAACUUGUCAGUCAAAAAUUAAGUCCUGAGGAAUGUAUUUCAAGAUAUGAGGAAGCUUUUAAUGCUCUGGACAAUAAAGUUCUUGACAAAUUUUUGAAAGCAGCUGAGCAGCUGAAAAAUAUUUCAUCUGAUCAUGAGAAGCUGGUGGUGGAAGAUGAUGUUCGUAGGAGAUGGGAGGCAGUUCGUCAGGAAAUUGUAUCCUGUGUCCAGCUCAUAGUAGAAAGGGAGAAAAAGAAAUUUAAUGCAACUUUAAAAAAAAUCAAUAAGCAGUUAGGCAAAGAGAAGAAACUCCUAAGUAUGGAUAAAACCAAAGGGCUCAUCAAGGAACAUGAGGCUUUUUUUUCACACGAAGGCAGCAUGAAGGAGCUUAACAAGACCUUGGAAGACCUUAAAACAUUAGCAAGACUCUCAGGAGAAGCUGUCCCAGGGAUACAGGCACUCACUGCAGACUGUGAAAAAAGGGUAGAAAAGGUUCAACAAAUGGUGGCAGACACUUACACAGCACUGCUGGCUUGUGUUGGAAAAGGACAGUCCCCUCUGAAAGGGAACUCCAUUAUGGCUUCUGAGAAUGGAGAAGAGUCUGGUUCUUCUCAACAAAUUGACAGCCUUAUGGUGCAGGAGACCUCAAGACCUGCUGCAGAUGCAGUUUUGGAACCAGAUGUGAAACAUCACAAUGGGGAAAGCUGUGCAGACAAGUUUGAGGAAGAUGGUGAUUCAUCCAUACCAACUUUGUUAGAGAGCUUUAACACACAAAGAAGUAACCUGGAGGAACUUCUUCGACUCAGCAGAGGCAAAGUAGCAUCUGGCUUUACUGAUGAAAUAAAAGGCACUUCAUGCCUUUUGACUAAGCUGCUUGAACUAGAGGGAAUAAUAGACAAUGAAAUCAGUUCUAGUUGGACACAACUGGAAAACAUCUCAUCUGCCUUAGAAAAUCUUGUGGCUGAAGUGCAGCAGGCUGCUCUUGCUGAGGCAAGAAACAAGCUACAAGGCGAGUGGAAAGAACUUCAGGAUAAUAUAAAUACCAGAGCAAACUCUUUAAGGACUGCUGUGGAAAUUGUCCGGCCAAUAGAAAAUCAAUGCACCUUUCUCUGUGAAUCAUUAAAUCAGUGGCUGAAGAAAAAGUACAUCCAUCAGUUUAAUCUGAUGGACACUGACCUUGCUUAUAGUGAACUGAAGAUGCUGCAGAGAUCCAUAUUAGAUCAGAUUGAAGUGUGCAAACAAUUGGAACAAGAUCUAGACAGUUCAGCAAGGGAUAAAUGUAAUCCAAUAGAUCUGCAAGCUGCAAGCAAAAUUAUGAUUUACUGUCAAAAUCAUCUUGAAGAAAUGGGCCGUGAAUUGCAGAUCCGUGAGACAGUCCUUAAAGAUGUGGAAGCUUUUAUGGCCACCCUGAGGAAGAUCCAGUCUUCCAUCAAAAGUCUCCCAGAUCCCCCAAAUCAACCUGAAAUACAGGGAAAAGCUUUGAGGGAGGCUGCACAAGAAGUUUCUCAUCUGGCAGAAGAGGCUAAAUGUUUGGAUGAACGCCUGAAGACUGUUAAUAUCUGUUUGGAAGAUGCUGAAUGUGGGAGAAAGAGCUGCUGUAAAAACCUUGUUCUGACUUUAUCUAAAGAGCUAAAUGCAAUUUAUGAUCCCUCAAGUGAGCAGGUGCUUACAGAAGAAAAAGACUUAUACAAGACAUUUUCCAGAAAAAAGAGUGAACUCCUUAAAAACAUUCAGGAUCUACGUGACAGAAUUAACAAAAUAGGCUUGAAGGAUCCGACAAUUCCAGCUAUUCAAAAAAGGAUAAAAUCAUUAACAGAAUUGGAAAAGGAAUUGGAUCGUGCUGGUGCUGAAAUGAAACCUAUGCAAGAAAUUGCUAAUAAGCUCCUGCAGAUCGAUGAGGAGAAAGCAGAGGAAGCAAACGAGCAGUGCAGAGUUACAGAGAGGUUAUGGGAGGAUACAAAGCUCUUGCUGGCUGAAUGCCAGGAGCAGUGUGCAAGGGUUCUGGAGCUCCUAAAGCAGUAUCAAAGCUGCAAAACGAGUCUGACCAGCAUCAUCCAGAAACAGGAGAUUGUGCUUUCCCAGCAAACGUCUUACAUGGGGAAGGAGAAUUUGAACAGACUAAUAGCAAAGAUUGAAGAGGCAAAAGAGGAAUUUAAUGAACACUCUGAAGAUGUAGACAAAAUAAAUCAGAUCUGCAAAAACCUGCAAUUCCAGCUGAAUAAAAUGAGAAGCUUUGAGGAGCCUCCGUUUGAGAAUGAGGCUAACAUUAUUGUGGACAGAUGGCUGGAUAUCAACGAAAAGACCGAAAACUACUGUGAUAAUUUGGGAAGAGCUCAGGCUUUGUGGGACAAACUCCUGAGCUUAUCUGGCACAAUCGAUGCUUGGGCAAAUGCAGAGCUCAAGAAUGCAGAAGACCAUUGCCUGACUGAGGAGGACCUCACUCAGCUGAAGGCAUGCUUACGAGUCCAAGAGCAGAAACUCCAAAAAUUCGACAACACAGUGGCUGAGAUAGAAGAACUUCUGAAUAGUAAUGAAACUCCAUUGGAGCUGCAGGUCAUCAGAUCAUCUGUUGUGCAAAAAAUGGAGCUAAUAAAAGAGCUCUUGUCAGCCAAGCGAGGGAGCAGUGAACUCACCGUGAAUACAGCAGAGCUGAAGGGAGACCUUGAUCUGGCCAAGACACAGAUUGGAAUGACUGAAUCACUUCUCAAAGCUUUAUCUCCUUCAGACACCUUAGAGAUCUUUACUAAACUAGAGGAGAUACACCAGAAAAUUCUGCAGCAAGAACACCUUGUGGCAUUACUCCAGGAAGAGACAGAUUGUCCUGAUGUGGAUGAAUUAAAUAAGCAGCUUAAAUGUGUCACUGAUUUAUUUAAUAGCAAGAAACAUGUGCUUCAAGAUCACUUUAUGGGUGUUUUGGAUCGUCACUGCAAGAAUUUUAAUGACUGGUUCAGCAGCACUCAGCUGUCUCUGAAGGAGUGCUUUGAGCCCUCAGAAACAAAACCCAUACUGGAAGAAAGACUAGAGAGGCUAAAGCACUUCCUAACAUCUGAAGGCAGAGAUAGAGACAUCCAAGAGGUUAAAGCUCUACUGAAUAAAGUGAAGCCUUACUUGCCCAAAGCAAGCAUUAACCACCUCAACAGUCGUGUGAGAGACCAAGAGGCAGAGCUGCAAAGGUUGAUCUCCAAAUGUCAGAGAAGGGAAAAGGAGCUUGGUGCCUCUCUGCAGCAGCUCAGUAGCCUUGAAGAAAGCAGCAUGGCUUUGGAAGAAUGGCUCUCUGCUCAGGAGGAAAAAGUAAAAGAGAUCAAUAAAGAUGAUACAGAACUCGAAAACGUCUAUAAAACAUUAUUAAUGCAGAGGAAACCAUUUGACUCCCUGGCUCAGCUAUCAAAUUCCUUGAGGGAGUUUGGGCUGACAGAAUAUGAAACCCUUUCAGAAGCCAGUAAUCUUCUUAGUAGGUACCAUGCACUGAUAACACGUGUCAGUGAAAUGGCAGGGAACACUGAGAGACUUCCAGUGGAAGGACAGAAUUUUGAAGACCUUGCCCAGGAUGUUUCUUGCUGGAUCAAAAAGCUUGAGGAGACUCUUAAUAAAAUGAGUUCACAAGGAAGUGAGUUGCCACCAGACGAAAGGAUUAAUCAGAUAAAGGAAAUCACAAGUCUCAGAGAUGAAGGUGAGGCCAAAAUACAGAGCAUGGUGGCUCUAGGAGAAACUAUAUUGAGAAAUGAGAAAAAUAAGAAGCCAGAGGUUCAGCAGACUAUUUCUGAGCUCCAGAAAAAGUGGGAAAACAUCUGUGAGCUGGCUACUGAAUACAGCAGCCCUCAAGACCAACUUCAGUGCAACAGGGAGCAAUAUGAGCAAAGCAAAGAAGAUCUGAAAAAAGCUCUCAUGGAACUGGAGAAACAGCAACAAGAGAUUUUUACCCUUCAGCCUGGUUUGGAGGAGAGGCAAGCUCAGCUGGCAAACUAUGCUGACCUCCUGCAGAAAACAGAAGCCUUGACUUCCCAAUUUAGCAAACUGAAAAGCCAGAAGGAGCAUCUGCAGGGCCACACUGUCGAUCCCUGCUUCACAGAGGCAGAAUGGUCAGAAUUAAAGCACCAGCAUGAAAAUCUGCUCAGCCAGCUCCAGGAACAACAGGGACCUCUUAGCCGAUGUGAAGACACCGUAAAGAAAAGUUUGGUUUUAGCAGAAACUGAUAAACAAAACACCUCUUCACCAGAACAGUUUAUUAAGGAUGAGAUUGAAACACUUCAGAGUGAACACAAAAGUCUGGAAGAAAGACUUGAAAAUGUCAAGCAAAAGAAGGAAAGCAUUUUCAGUGAAGCCCUUGAGUUAAAAGAUGAGCUUGGUAAUGAAAUACAAAAGGAAGAUAAGUCAGAUACAAUGCUGAAGAGAGAGACACAGAUCACUUCUGAUACUCCAGUCUCUGCAGAGGAGACCCCCAGAGCAGUGGAGCUGAAAGAGCCUUUGGAAAUGAGUGAGGGUCAAGAUGUAAAUGGAAAUGUGUCUGAGAAAGAGAGGCAGAAUGCUCCAGUUUUGGAGGAAAGCAGUGUGCUGUCAGACAGCCCAUUACAGGAUAACCAUCACAGCAAGGACAGAUUGGGGCAGGCUGUUCAGGAGGAGGCUGAUAAGGAGAACCCAGAUAUGGACAGACCUGACAGGUUCCAGGAGGAUGUUCUGGACAGUGCAGUUCUGGAUGGUGAAGCAGAACUGGAGAGAUAUCAGGAUGGUGUUGGUAUUGAAGUUGAUGAAUCUAGGGAAAAAGCCCAUCCAGCACAGAAGGAGGAACCUAGUGAUGUCGAGAAUCAGACACAUAGAGAAGAUGGGGAGCAGGUUCAACAGAAGCUGUGCCAGAAAGGUCAAGUCCUGGAAUCUGUAGCAGCUGAAAAAGAUGGUCUGGGAUCAAAUCCCCCAGUUCCUGCACAUGAGGACACAUGCACUGAAGUGGUUGUCCAGAAGGAACUAUUUCCCAGAGUGCAAAUAAACAGUGAAUAUUUUGAAGAGGAACAAAAGGUCAAUGAGCUGAAAAAUGAAGUGGCUGAACUGGAUAUGGUGCUUAUAAAUGAACAACUAAAAGAGCUGGAGAGUUUAAAAACUGAGCUGGAAACGUGGAAAGCAAAAUCUCUGUGCCAUAGUGAAGAAGCAAUUCCCAAUGGAACAGGAUCAAAUGCAGCAGAGGUGCAAACCACAGAUCCUGUGGUGCCCUGCUGGGACAGGCUGCUCCAGGAACUGGAAGCUGUUAAGGCAGUGAAGCAACAACAGUGCUGUUUAAUUAAUGAAUACCAGAAAAGUCUUUCUGCUGCACAGUCCUCCAUGAAAAAUUUGUCAACAGAAAAAGAUAACAUAAAAAUGGGUCCUAUGAACAACACAGUUCUUCUGGAGAAAAUUAAGGCAUGCAUAGAGUCCUUACGAAAAGAAAGAGAUGUCUUAAACCAGUUGCAAAGUCAGCAAGAAGUUUUAUCUCAGCAUUUGACAUGCAUGGAUAAAGUGUUGACAGAGAGCCAAAUGAGGCAGCUGGAGCACUGGUGGCAGCACAUGGAACAAGCAGUACAAAAGAAACAUGAUCAGGUUGUGGCAGAAAUCGAUGAAUUUAACCUGCUUAUGAAUAAAGCACGGGAUAUUCAGAGGCUGAUACAAGAACAGUAUUUGCAAGCAGAGUUACAUUCCUCAGCUGCAGGAAAAGCCAAGGAUCCUCUGAUUUGGACCACAGAGCUACAGGACAUUAAACAUGGUCUUUCUCUACUAAAAAGAAAGAUUGAGCUGCAGAUGAAAAGAAUUUGGAGUGAUCAAGAGAAGGUCACUUUGGAGAACUCUAUUCAUGAUUUGCAGAGCAAAUUGGAAGCAUUGUCAGCACAACAAACUCCUCAAGAGGAUAUUCAGACCACUGGUCCUGCUCUCAUGAAACAUGAAAUGAUGAAGAGGCUGAAAGAAAAUAUUUCCUGGGUGAAAGAUUCACUGUCCCACCUUGAUCAGAAAGCAGCACUUUUCCCCAGUGAUGUCAAAUCACAGAUCAGAAAUUGUCAGCUUAUGAACACAGACAUCCUAAACAGAGAGCCUGUGAUUGUAUCCCUGGAUUAUGGGCUCCAGCACAUCCUUCCCAGCUUGGAGCCAGAGGAGGUCUCUGAUAUCACCUUCCUUUUACAAACACUGAAGAAUUCAUACAAGGCUCUUGUUUUAAAAUCUGCUCAAAGACUGCAGCACUUGGAGCUCCAGCUGGAGGAGAGGCAAAGGCUCACGGCAGAAAUAGACAAAGUUCACUCUCAGCUUUGCAAAGCCGAGCUGAUGGCCAGGCCUGACCCAAACCAAACCAGCACGUGCUCAGAGCUGGUCAGCCAACAAGCCAUUCUAAAGGAGAUGCUAAAGGACAUACAGGAAAUAGAAGGGCUGAUCUCAUCCCACUGUAAAGAGAGUCAGGUCACAGCUGGGCAGCUGAGCCUGUCUGAACAACUAUUCUUGAUUGAUCAGUUAAGAAGUCUGAAGAAUAGAGCAAGGAAGACACAGAGGCAAAUUCAAAGUAAACUUCAUGAAGUAGAACAAAAGACAGCUGUCUCCAGAGAGUUUGCUGAAGGAAUAGCUUCAUUGCAGCAGGAUCUUGAUGACCUGCAGGAUGGUGAAAUGAGCCUGAAAGAUGAUGAAUCAGUAGGUGCCAAGCAGGGAUUGAAGGACAAAUGCAAAGCACUGAAAGAAAAAGUGUUAGCUUUUCAGUCAAGUUUGUCACAAGUAAUGAAGUACAAGGAAAUAUUUGAAUGUGUAGGUCUGAAAUGGGACUCACUGCAGCUGGAUGAAUGGCAAACUAAAUUUUCUAAAAUUAAAAAUAAAAUUAAAGGGAAAAUAAUACACUUGGAAAAUAUUGCUAGGGAAUGGGAUAAGAUUCAAAGAUUGCUAAAUGAAAUCCAGACUCUGACAUCCACUGUAAGAAAAGAAGCUAAUAUCCUAAAUGAUAGCUCCAGCUCUUCUCCUGCUGAGAAUGUCAUAUCUGCACAGAUUCUAUUGCAGACAGUUCAACAAGUCUUGUACUUAACCCAGGAGGCAGCAAAUCAAAUAAACAAAAAUGAGGUCUUUGAUAAAUCAUUCAAAGAAUCUAAGAGGAAAGAAAUAAAGGGCCUGGAGAAAAAUGUUGAGGAAUUGAAGCAGUUUCUUCAAAACUUGGUCUCUGGGCUACAGAGUGUAAACAAGGAAGGUAGCCAGAAUGAAGUAGAAAAUAUAUUCCACAUCAUAAAGCAUAUUCAAUUAGAACUCCAGCAGCCACUUGUGAUAGACAUAAAUACAAUGCAGGAUAAAAAGCUGCGAUGGGAGGCAAUUCAGAAUAUGAUGGAAGGAAAGUUUUCUGCUCUUAAAUGUAUAAUGGAAAAAGAGAGGGAAAAACAAGAGAAAUCUCCUGCUGCUGCUGUAGAAAUAGAGACACUGCAAGGCCAUGAAGCACAACUGAAGGCAGACAUUGCUGCCCGUGUUAAUGCCCUGGAGGAGGCAUGUAAGGCUGGUGAGCUUUACACCAAGGCCCUUCAGAGGGCUUCCAGGUUCCUGGAGGAAUGUGAAGCUCCAGCCCAGGCUACAGCAGAGCUCUGUGGCUCCGUGGAGAUCUGUCAGACUCCACACUGGGAAGAGUUCAACUCUGCAAAGGCUGACUUAGAAAACCUGCACUCCAAGCUGAAGGACCUAGUGAAGCCAGAAGACAAAGUAUGUCUGGAAAAUGAUUUAAGAGAACUGAUGGAAAAGAGUUUGGCACUAAGGAAGAAGGCUCAAAGAAAGGAAGCUGAUGAACAGAGGUAUUUUGAAAAACACAAAAGCUACACAGAAACCAAAGAUAAAGUGUGUGAUAAUCUUAAGAAAUUGGAAAAGAUGCUUAGACAAUCUUUGUCUAAGAUUCCAAUGUCUUAUAAAGAAGCUUUGGAGCAUUUGGAAGAAAGCAAGAUUUUAGUCUCCAGCAUCGACUCUGCUGAAGAGGAUCUGGUGAAGCUGAGGCAGAUCUCUGGAGAGAUGAUGAGAUUAUGCAGAGGAAGUGACAGGGCUCUGGGCAGGAUUGUAACAGUGCUAUGGGAAAACUGGCUGGGUUUACUUGAGGCUGCCAAAGGGCUGGAAAUUACCUGUGAAGAAUUAAAGCAGGAAUGGAAAUUCAUCAAUGAAGAGCUGGAACGAGAAACAAUAAUUCUCGAUAAGCUCCAGGAAGAGCAGCCAGAAAGCCUUAAAGAGAAGGAAAAGGCCACCAGAGAGGAGCUGGUGGAGUUACUUGAUUUUGUGAACUCAUUUGAAGAAAACAUCAACCAGCAGCAGCUCCUCUUACUCUUGCUUCUUCAUCGGAUAAGAAACAUCCUGAAUACACCUGAAAAUGCUGAGGGAGAAGCUGCCCUUCCUGCCUUGUGUGAGAUAAAGGCAAUGCAAGAGCGCUGUAAAAAGUUGUACAAAAAAGCUCAAGACCAUAAAGAUUCUGUGAAAGCUGAGAUUCAAGAGAGGAACAAGGUCACUGAAGAAAUAAGUGCUGUGACAAAUGCAUUACAGAAUGCUGCAUCUGUGUUAUUGCAGGAUGCUGAUGGAAAGGCAGAACAGCUGGAGGAGCUUCAGAGUGUGAUUGCCAGAGAGAGUCAAGCUCUGGAGGAUAUCAUGGAGAAACUUCGGAUCAAGUAUUCUGAAAUGUACACAAUAGUCCCUGCAGAGAUCGAAACACAGCUGGAGGACUGCAAGAAAGUAUUGCAAGACCUAGAAGAGAAGGUUAGCUCUGAAAUCUUGCAGAACUCUCCUCAGUAUGUGCUGAAAAGAAAAGCAGAAACUAUUAACAAUGGCCUUCAUGCUAUUGAAAAGAUGUUACAACAGAAGAGUGAAAACAUUGCAAAAGCCAAGGAAGUUCAGAAGCAAAUUUGGGAUAUGCUGGACCUUUGGCAUUACAAACUCAACGAGCUGGAUGCAGAGGUGCAGGAUAUAGUGGAGCAGAAUUCCUGCCAGGCCCAGGAGCUGAUGGAUAUCCUGGAGGCUCCCCUGAGGCAGUACCAGCAGGUCUCACAGCGUGCUGAGCGCAGAACUGCCAUUCUCAACAAGGCCACCAACAAGAUGGAAGAAUAUGAGGAGCACCUGAAAAAUGUGAAAGAUUGGAUAGAAAGCACCAACAGUUUGCUAAGAGCUGAUGCUCAGCAUGACUCUGCAAAAAGCUUACACAAGCACACUGAUGAGCUCCAGAUGGCUUUGGAAGACUCAGAGCAAAAGCAAAAUCUUCUGCACGGGAUCUCCAUGGAGCUGGAGGAGCUGUCACCCAUCUUUGAAACUGACAGUAUAAUGCAGCAGCUGAAUGAAAUAGAUGUUCAAGUAACAACUUUACAGCAUGAGAUAGCAGAGAUUCUUCCACAAAUCCUGCAUGUGGCUGAUGAGUUGGAUGCCAUUGAAUCUCAUGUGAAAGUGUUUGAGAAGGAUGUUGCAGAAAUGAAGACAAUCCUGUCAUCAGAAGAUCUGUUGGAAUUUUCUCCUAAAGACCAACUUAAACAUGGACAGGUUAUACUGGAGCAUGUUGCUCCCAUGCAGAAAACUAUUGUUCAUAUUCAGUCCUAUGAAGAUGCUCUUCAGCUGCCAGGGCUGAAAAUGCAACCUUUCUCAGUCUUCCAAAGAGCAAGACAGCUCUUGAGAGAACUGAAGAAAUUAGAAAAAAUUACUAAGGAGCAAAAUGAGCUACUGGAGGAAACUGUAAAGAAAACAGAAGAAUGUGAGCAAGAAAUUGAGAAGUUGAAACAACUGCUGAAGAACAAUUUGGUUGAAAUAUCACAUGAAGAUCAACCACAGGCUCAGAAGACUCCUAGUCCAGAGGGAGAAAUGGAAGCUGUAAAAGAAGAGAUCAUAAAGCUGUGCCAAAGAAAGGAAGAUUUCCUUACCGGGAUGAAGAAUUCCAUGUCUGAGCUUCACCAGCGCCUGAAGCAAGAAGUGCCUGAAGCAGCAGAUGAACCUCCAAGCUCUGUAUUAGCACAGAGUGACCUGAUUGGGACUGAUGUUUCUGGUCAGCAGUUGAAAAAAAGAGGUGUGAUAUCUCUUCUACCUUCCUUAGAUGAAGAAUCAGAAGACUGUUCUUUACACAGCAAGGGAAGUGCAACCACAGAGAAAGAUGCAAGCUUUUGGCCUUCAGAAAGAGAUGAUGAAAGGCUCAAGGAAGACAGUGCAACCUCCUGGUCUUCUGGUACCUUGUCAGAUGGCAUUGUUCAGGAUGAGGAUGUUGUAACUGAAUCACUCAGUAAAUAUGAUGAAGAAACAUCUCUGCAAACUUUGGAGGGCACUGAAGGUCCUGGCACAGGUGGUGACAGUCUGGCUAUGAGCCACCGGCCGCCUCCAGUCCCCAGCGCCGCCCUGGAUGGAGGGAAGCCUGAGCCAGAAUCCAUCCUCCUGCUGUGCCAGGCCCAGGUGGCUGAGCUGGAGCAAUGGCUAGACAGGACUAAGAUGUCGCUGAGGGCAGACCCUCAGACCCCCCAAAGGCAGCAGAUGGUGGAGCCGCAGCUCGCUGACUGCCAGGUGAGGUUAUCAGAGAUUGAACAAAAGGUCCUUUCUUUACUGGAAGAUUGUGGAGAUAGUGCAGACUACCAACAAAAGACAGAGGCUCUUUCCUUGAAGCUGAAGGAGGUGAAGCGCAAUUUGGAAAAUGUCCAGAUGAUGCUCCAAGACAAGUGCAGUGAAGAGCAGGUGCCCAGCAGGGAGAGGAUUGACCCAGAGCCCCUGGAGAUCCUGCACUCUGAUGGUUUCAGCACAUCCCAGCUGCCCCUUGCCCAACAGCCUUGGCACAAUGGGCUCCAGCAGCCACAGGACCUGAAAUUAAAAGCAGCUGAGCAGAAAAGCCUCAUUGACUUUAUUGAGUCGUGUGUGGAAAAAAUGCAGCCACAGCUUGAGGACAGCGUGACUCUGAAAUCAGAAUCCAGCAAUGGAGAAUCUGACUCAAAGAGCAAGCAGGCUGAUGCCACCUUAGCUCCAAAGGAUCAAAUGGGUAAUAAAUGGCAAUAUUUACAACAGGAGCUGUCAUCAAAGAUGAAAUCUCCUCUCUGCCAGCUUGUGGAACCUCAGAUCACAACAAAGAUGAACAUGCUGCCUCGAGGCACAUUCUCAGGUGCAGGAGCCCCAACUGUGGAAGAGCUCAAAACUUACACUGUCCAGCUGGGAGACCUAAGCCAGGAAGCAAAUGUGGUGCAUGCACAGGAUAAUGUGGCAGAGGAAGUCUCUUCCAAUUUGGACAGAAAAUUGUUUGAGUUGCUUCUGGCAAUCAGCCGGUGUUUGAAUAACAUGGAGGAGAUGCUGAACACCUCGGUGCUCUCCACUGAAGAGGCAGCUGUGCAGCAGGCUCUCUAUGAGACUCUGUCUGUGGAGCUGCAAAAACUUCAUGCUGAUCUGAGUGAUAAAAAGGAUGAUCUUCUGAAGUCCAUCAGCUGUGCUGGUGGGAGCACAGAUGUGUUCUGCGAGUGCUUUAACAACUUGCAGGCGCGGCUGGAACAAACUCAAGCUGCCACUGCUUCAAGGAGCAGCUCCAUGAAAGCUGGGCUGGAUCAUAAUAGCAAUUACCUGAAUCAAGCCAGGCUACUGUAUGAUCAGUUAACUGAGAAAAAAGCUGCUCUGCAACAAUGCUUGAAUGAACUACAUGGACAUAAUGUUUCUGAACAGCUUCAGAAAAUUGGUGCCUGUUCUGUGGAGCUGCAAAACUUUGAAAGCCAAGUAGCAAAAUUGAGAGGCCAUGGAGAAAGAUUGCAGUUACCUAUCACUUUAAUCCAGGAAGCUUAUAAAUUAGAGGAUGUUCUGGAUGACAUGUGGGGGAUUCUGAAAGCAAAAUACAUGGACCUGAACUCCCCUUCCAUCAGUGAAAGCCAGUAUGAGGACUUGCUUCGUGGGUUUGCAGAGCUGGUAGCUAUUGGAAGAGAGAAGAUGGCACAAGAUCCAAAGCACCUGACAAAAAGCAGAGCAGCUCUGCAGUCUCACCUGAAAAAUCACAAGGAUUUUUUCCGCAACCUCGUGACACGCAUGGCUUACAUGGAAGUGUUUUCCAAGAGAGUGAGUCCUUCUGUCCUGCAAAAGAGAGAGGAGUUCUGGAGAGAGCUGGUGAAUGAAGUCAAAUUGCUGGAGCAGAAGGCCUGCCAGUAUGGUAUACACUUAGAAAGCUUGUUAAAGGAUUGGAUGGUAUUUGAUGAGGAAUGCCUAGUUUUCAAUAAGGAGUUAGAAGCACUUGCCUCUACAUUGCCUUCUGUCAGUUUGGUUGAAGAAACUGAAGAAAGAUUAAUGGAAAGGAUUGCACUUCUAGAGAAAAUCAAAAGCAGUGUUGAUGAAAAGCAUGCCAGGCUGUACCAGAUGGUGAAAGAAGGGAAGAAAUUGCUGACUGCUGUGAGCUGUCCUGAAAUAAGAAGCCAGAUUGGGAAGCUGGAAGAACAGUGGUUGUCUUUGACCAAAAAAGUUGGCCAUGAGCUACACCGACUUCAAACAUUACUGAAACUCCUGGUCAGCUACAACAAAGACUCGGAGGAAUUGAUGAAAUGGUUGGAUUCUGCUCAGCAGAGAAUGAAUUUUUGGAAGGAGCAGUCUCUCAAUGUGUCACAAGAUCUCGCCACCAUCAGGGACAACAUCAGCAGCUUGUUUACAUUUUCUAAGGAAGUUGAUGAAAAAUCUUCCCUGAAGUCAUCAGUGGUGAGCACUGCCAGCCAGCUCCUCCAUGUGAAGCAAGCUGAUAUGGCAGCACUUAGGUCAUCUUUGGCAAAGUUUGAGCAAAAAUGGGGAGAGCUGAUUACACAGCUCCCAGCCAUCCAAGAAAAGCUUCACCAGCUUCAGAUGGAAAAGCUUUCAUCACGGGAAGCUAUUGCUGAACUAAUGGCCUGGCUGGACCAUGUGGAACAGCAGCAGGAACAGGAGGAGCCAAUAAAUUCACAACGUGGUGCUGCCCAAGUCAAGACCCUCCUUCAGAAGUACAAGGAAUACAUGAUGGAAAUGAACUUUAAGCAGUGGAUGGUGGAUUUUGUUAACCAGUCCCUGCUGCAGAUGAGCACCUGUGACGUGGAGAGCAAGCGCUACGAAAGGACAGAGUUUGCUGAGUGCCUGGGCGAGAUGAACCUGCGGUGGCACCGCCUGCAGGCAUCCCUCAGCAGAAAGAUACAAGACCUGGAACACAUUUUGGAGGAUAUUACUGAGAAUGAGAACAAAGCCCAGACUCUGCACAACUGGCUGGAAGCUCAGAGUGAUCGACUGAGAUCCUUACGGACCCCAGCAAGUCUGAUCUCUGCACAGAACACCUUAGAUGAUUGCAAGGAGCUAGAAAAUCAACUCACAGCUAAAUCCGAAACUCUUGAUGAGCUCCGACAGAGUUUGGCUUCGAAUGGUAGUGCAGAACAAACCUCAGAAGCUCAGACUCUCAGGAUAACUGAGCUGUGUGAAAUGAAGGACAGCAUUGUAAACCAGGUUGCACAGCUGAAGGCCUCAAUGGAAUCAAUACUGGAGCAGUGGAGAGCAUAUGAUGAAAUUUAUGCAGAAGUCAGCUUGAUGACAACAAGAUAUUUGUACUGCAUAGAUCAGUGCAAACCAUCUGAGGAAGAAGCUUCAUUGGAAGCUUUGAAAAAACAGGUCAAAACUCUCCAGGCUCUUCAAGAUGAAUCAGAGAACAAUGAAGAAAGCUGGGCCAAGCUCCAGGCUGCUGCCAGUAACCUGAAGAAGAGCUGCUCCCCCUCUUUUGCAGAGAUUAUUGACCAGAAGUGCACAGAGGCACACACUAGGUGGAACUCAGUAAAUGAAGACAUCACAGAUCAGCUGCGGGCAGCACAGGCAGCUCUGCAGCUCUGGGAGCCCUUUGAUGCUUUGUGCUCUGAGACAGCAGCCAAGUUACAGCAGUACAGCCAGCAGUGUGCUCAGCUCCUGGAUGCUCACAUGCCUGAGGAGAACACGAUAGAAACCCUGGAGCAGAGGAUACAGGAGAUAAAGAAUUUACAGCACGGCCUUCAGAACAUUGCAGGAUGCCGAACUCAGAUUUAUUUGCAGGCUGACAGGAUAAAACAGCAGGCUGGGACAGCUGCUGAAGCCAUUCUGAUGGAGAAGCUGCAGCCUUUUCAGAGAGCAACCUAUUUGGAAAAGAUGUUGCAGAGGAAGUUGGAUGAACUUCAGUUCAAUCUUUUACAACUGGAAGAUUUCAACAACUGCCUGGAAACGCUGGAGGGUCGUGUCAAGAAUUGCACAGACACCUUUGAUAGCCUCUGUUUAGAGGAAGAAGACAACUCAGAAUUGCUCAUGAAUCAGACACUGGAGCUUGCUGCACUUUCUCCAAGCAUAGAGAGUUUGAAUGAAGCAAGCAUAAAGCUGCCACUCAGUGACUUCACUCUGAAGAAAAUGCAGAGCCUGACUCGGCAGUGGAGUCAGAAAACAGCAGCUGCUCUGGAAUGUUGCAGUAUGCUUGAGGGAACCCAAAAUGAUGAGAAGAAAUUCUUUCAGAAAUGUGAAAAGUGGAUGAAAUUCCUAGAAAAAAUGAAAGAAGCCUUAAAAACAGAUAUUCCAGGACGGUUUGAAGAACUGCAAGAGCAGCAGAGAGUAUAUGAGAUGCUGCAGACUGAGAUUUCCAUAAAUCAGCAGACAUUUAAUUCUAUCAUAGAAAAAGUUCUAUUCUCCUUGGAAUCUGGAGAAGCAGAGAAAAGGACAGAGUUCAUUUCCAAGCUCACAUUGCUGAAGGAGCAGUGGCAGAAUGUUAUCCGAAUGGUUCAGCAGAGGAAGAAAGAUAUUGAUGGACUCGUGAGCCAGUGGCAGCUCUUCAGGAGUUCCCUGCAGAGCCUCAACAGAUUCCUUGAUGACACAAACAGCUUCCUUGCAGCUGUGAAGAGCCAGGACUGUUACAGCCUUUACCAGCUUAGAAAUGUAAUUCAUGAUUUCAAGAGUAAGGCAGUGAUCCUUCAGAGGUGGCAAGCCAUGUACACCCUGGUGAUCGAUGUUGGGGAGAAGUUGCGCACUGUGUGCGAUCCCGAGACCAGCUCUGCUCUGCAGGAGGAGCUCAGCCAGUUACAGCAGCGCUGGGGGCAAACCCAGGCCCUGCUGGAGAAGAAGAAGAUGCAGUUCAGUGGCACCCUACAGACUUGUGACCGCUUUGAAAAGCAAAUCAAGGAACUGGAAAGCAGACUGCAAGAGCUAAAGGAGAAAGUAAAAGAUCCACUCCCUGUUGAACACGAAGAGCUCCACAAAGCCAAGGAACUUAUUAAGGAGCUGGAGCAGUCGCUGGCAGACUGGGCCCACGACAUGAAGGAGCUGCAGGCCAUGAAGGCGGAGCUGGCACACCUCAUCCUCACCGAGGACAUGAUGGUGCUCAAGGAGCAAGUGGAGCAUUUGCACAGGCAGUGGGAAGAGCUCUGCUUGCGGGUGUCCCUGCGGAAGCAGGAGAUCGAGGAUCGGCUCAAUGCCUGGAUCGUGUUCAAUGAGAAGAACAAGGAGCUGUGCUCCUGGCUGGUACAAAUGGAAAGCAAAGUUUUGCAGACUGCAGAUGUUAGCAUUGAAGACAUGAUAGACAAAUUGCAGAAGGACUGCAUGGAAGAAAUAAACCUGUUCAGUGAAAAUAAGCUUCACUUGAAACAAAUGGGUGAUCAGUUAAUCAAGGCUAGCAACAAGAGCCGAGUUGCAGAAAUAGAUGAUAAACUCAAUAAAAUCAAUGAUCGCUGGCAGCACCUCUUCGAUGUCAUUGGAGCACGGGUGAAGAAACUGAAGGAAACAUUUGCUUUUAUACAACAAUUGGACAAAAACAUGAGUAACCUUCGCACCUGGUUGGCCCGGAUUGAGUCUGAGCUUUCCAAGCCUGUUGUUUAUGACAUCUGUGAUGACCAAGAAAUCCAGAAGAGACUGGCAGAACAGCAGGACCUGCAGAGAGACAUAGAGCAGCACACGGCGGGCGUGGAGUCCGUGUUUAACAUCUGUGAAGUCCUGCUACACGACUCAGAUGCGUGUGCUAAUGAGACAGAGUGUGACUCCAUCCAGCAAACCACCAGGAGCUUGGACAGACGGUGGAGAAACAUCUGUGCCAUGUCCAUGGAAAGGCGAAUGAAAAUCGAGGAAACUUGGCGUCUAUGGCAGAGGUUUUUGGAUGACUAUUCCCGCUUUGAAGAUUGGCUAAAAGCAUCUGAAAAUAUAGCAGCUAGGCCUAAUUCUUCAGAGGUCUUGUACACACAUGCAAAAGAGGAGCUGAAGAAAUUUGAGGCGUUCCAGCGGCAGAUCCACGAGCGCCUCACGCAGCUGGAGCUGAUCAAUAAGCAGUACCGGCGCCUGGCCCGCGAGAACCGCACCGACUCGGCCAGCAAGCUCAAACAGAUGGUGCAUGAGGGCAACCAGCGCUGGGAUAACCUCCAGAAACGAGUCGCUUCCAUCCUCAGGAGGCUCAAGCACUUCACCAAUCGGAGAGAUGAGUUUGAGGGGACGAGGGAAAGCAUCCUGGUCUGGCUCACAGAAAUGGACCUACAGCUGACAAAUGUGGAGCACUUCUCAAAAAGUAACUUUGAUGACAAAAUGCGCCAGUUAAAUGGUUUCCAACAGGAAAUAACGUUAAACACCAAUAAGAUUGAUCAGCUAAUCGUUUUUGGGGAGCAGUUGAUUCAGAAGAGUGAGCCUUUGGAUGCCAUCCUGAUUGAAGAUGAAUUGGAAGAACUCCAUCGAUACUGUCAGGAGGUGUUUGGGCGAGUUGCCCGCUUCCAUCAAAGACUGACUUCAAGGGAUCCUGGAUUGGACGAUGAAAAAGAUAACUCUGAAAAUGAGACAGAUCAAGAAGACUCCAGAGAAAUCCAGAAUGAUCCCUGGCAUAAGAAGGCCAUCACAGAGGGGCCCUCAUCACCACAGUCCCUUUGCCACCUUAUGCCCCCAGCUCAGGGCCAUGAGAGAUCAGGCUGUGAGACCCCUGUCAGCGUUGACUCCAUCCCACUUGAGUGGGAUCACACAGGUGACGUGGGAGGUUCUUCCUCUCAUGAAGAUGAUGAAGAAGCACAAUACUACAGUGCUCUGUCAGAUGUAGAAAUCACUGAAAACCCUGAGGCAUAUCUUAAAAUGACCACAAAAACUUUGAAAGCAUCUUCUGGAAAGUCUGUUUCAGAAGCUCAUCCUUGGCAUUCUUCGGGUAGCCCAGUCUGCAGGAAACACAGAUACAACCAGGCAGAGAUGGUUGGAAAUGUGUUAUCUGGACCAGAGACAAGUACUCCCUAUAAACCAGACUAUGUGAAGCAGCUCAGCUCUGCAAGCAGUAGCAGCAGCAAGGAGAAAAUUCCAUCUGCCAGCAUGAGCGAUGAGGAGCCCCAAGAUGACCAAGAACUUGUGAAUCUAACACCAGCAGAGAAGCAGUCAGGCAUUAUUGAUAGGUGGGAGCUCAUCCAAGCUCAAGACCUCAGAAAUAAACUUAGAAUGAAACAGAAAUUGCAACAGUGGCAGCAGCUGGAUUCAGACCUCAGUGACAUCUCUGCUUGGCUUGAUAAAACUGAGCAAGAGCUGGAAGAGCUGCAAAAGGUGAAGCUUCCAACCAGCAUGCAGGCAUUGGAACAAAAGGUCAAGAAGUUGAAAGACAUGCUUAAAGCAUUUGACAACUACAAAGCAGUGUUGCUUUCUGCUAACCUGAGCAGCAAGGAAUUCCAGAAAGCAGACAGCACGGAGUUCAAGGAGCUGCAGAACAGGCUUCGGAAGGUCAACUUGCACUGGGAGAAGGCAACUCGUGCACUGGACAGCUGGAGGAAGGGUUUACAGCAAGCCUUACUGCACUGCCAGGAUUUCCAUGACCAGAGCCAAAAGCUAAUCCUGUGGUUAGAAAGUGCUGAAGGUCGGAGGAAUGAGGCACAGAUCACAGAUCCCAAUGCUGAUCUCAACACAAUACUGGAAUGCCAGAAGGAGCUAAUGCAACUGGAGAAAGAGCUGCUGGAGCAACAGCUUAAUGUAAACUCCCUCCAAGAGCUCACUGCUUACCUGCUGCUGAAACCAGAUGGUGAUUAUGUUGAAGAGGAAGAGAAGGUCCAUGUAAUUGGAACAAAACUGAAACAGCUGAUUGAACAAGUCUCUCAUGACUUAAAAACAAUACAAGGGAAUCUGGAUACCAAAACAUUCCUGCUAGUUCCAGAUGACUUGGACUCAGGAGUCUAUAAUCCAGAAGAAGAGAAAUCCAGCCCUGCUGUGAAGAAGAUGGCCCUCAGGAGAACUGCAGAUGGCAGAAAUGGCAGCAGCACAAGGAGUGAAAGCCAUCCACAGCCCGUGCAGGCAAACUCUCAGUCUCCCUCUUUCUUCUACCGAGUGUUACGAGCAGCUUUACCUCUCCAGUUGUUCUUCCUGCUGCUUUUGCUCCUGGCUUGCAUGAUCCCGUCCUCGGAGGAAGACUACAGCUGCACCCAGGCCAACAACUUCGCCCGCUCCUUCUACCCCAUGCUGCGCUACACCAACGGGCCCCCCCCGACCUAGGACACCCUGCAGUCACACAAAACCCUCUUGGGUGGUGCUUUCCUUUUCUCCCAUGCUGCUCUAGCAUCAAUCAGGCAGCGAGUUUCACAUCUCAAAAUGUAUAUCUUGACAAAAUUUCAGCGUUUUUGUACGGAAAACAGAACUUUUUCUAUAGAUUUUUUUUUUUUUUAAACUGUAAACAACACACUUUAUACUUUGAUGCAAUAGAUACACUAUUUUAUAGGGGCAGUGCUCUUAAGCUUGCAAGGUGUUUGGAUACUGAGUUCUUAGAUGCAGAAAUGACAUCACAGUAAUCUUAAACAUAGCAGUCUGUCUUGGGUUAGCACGACACAAACAGGUGAAGAGGGACUUCAUUUAACAUAAUUUCUGCACACACUUCACGUUACUUGUAUCUUUUGGUACUGUAGUCACUUGGUGGAAACAAAAAUGCAUCUUUUUGAAUCUUUGUUACUGUAUUUUAUUCAUCUAACACGUUCACUAUCAUGAUGCACAUUUGUUUUGUUUGACAUAAAGUGUUCUAGUGGUUAGGACUGCUGUGUUGUCUUUUUAUACCACCUUUGAAAUAAGGAAUUGCUGCAUUUGCAUGGAAAUGGUUUAUAAUGCAUAUAUUUUCUAGAUGAACAUGAUUAUGUAGACUAUCCUUGAUGUAUACAAAUAGUGCAAUGACUUUUUUAACGAAAGUUUUUUUUUUCAGUUUUUAACCUGCUGAAUAGUGUACAGUACCUUGGGAGAGAAUUGUGCAUUUUUCUAAGCUCUGUUUUUAAAAUGAAACUGGCGUGUGGGCAGUGGCUGGAGAAACACUGUGUACAGUCAGCAUUGCCACUGCCCCUCGGUUGUACAGUUUGAGUACUGUCAUUAAAAUUUUGCCAAUGUC